AAGUGCAGUUCGCAUCCGACGGCGGGACACUGGAUCCAGCGAUGGGAGGCGCGGGCGGCGCGGGGCCGGGCCGGGGCCGGCAGCGCGGGGCCGGGCGGCCGCAGCCCGCGCUCUGAGCGGCCGCUCUGCCCGCGCCCCCGGGGCCGCUCCGCUCCGCGCCCAUGGCCGAGGUGGGUGGCUUCCUGGGCGCGCUGGACCCCGACCUGCACGGCUUUCCCCCCGCGCUGGGCGCCGGGCUGCCCCUCGCCGACUCCCCCGGCUUCCUCAACGAGCGCCUGGGGCAGAUCGAGGGGCGGCUGCAGCGGGGCUCCCCCACCGACUUCGCUCACCUCAAGGGCAUCCUGCGGCGGCGGCAGCUCUACUGCCGCACCGGCUUCCACCUGGAGAUCUUCCCCAACGGCACGGUGCAGGGCACCCGGCAGGACCACAGCCGCUUCGGGAUUUUGGAGUUUAUUAGCCUGGCAGUGGGGCUGGUGAGCAUCCGUGGGGUGGACUCCGGACUCUACCUCGGCAUGAAUGAGAGAGGCGAGCUCUAUGGGUCGAAGAAGCUCACCCGGGAGUGCGUUUUCCGCGAGCAGUUUGAGGAGAACUGGUACAACACGUACGCCUCGACCCUGUACAAGCACCCCGACUCGGAGCGCCAGUACUACGUGGCCCUCAACAAGGACGGCUCCCCCCGCGAGGGGUACAGGACUAAGAGACACCAGAAAUUCACCCACUUCUUACCCCGGCCUGUGGACCCUGCCAAAAUCCCUGCCAUGUACAGAGACCUCUUCCACUACAGGUGAUGGCUCCUGCAGUGUCAGUGUACAUACUUGGGCUCCCAAGCUUUUUCCCAGAGCACUCUAUUAAUAGUCAUUCCAUCAUUCCUGUAAGAGUAGAUGACCUAGGGAAGCACUUACAUUGAAUUCAGACACUGCUGUUCCUCCCUGUUUCCAGUGUAUAUCGAACCUGGGUUAUUUAUGGGGCGGGGGUAGGGGAAGGGAGGGAACCCUACAUUUAAUCUUCCAUUUCGUUCACUUUCGUUACCCGGUUGCUACAAGAGAGGCUGAAUAUUCAAUGUUAUGGUUGCUUAAAGGAACGAGCAGGUGAGCAAACCUGAUCACCGGGGAAAAGAAAGCCCCAAAACAACCUAAAAAUGAAGAGAAGAAAAGAAAACAAAGACCACAGAACUGCUGCAGUUGUUGCUGCUGAGCUGGGAUAGUUCCCUGCUAAGGGAAAGCUUUUGAGUGGUGCCCUGCUUAAGCAGCCUGGGAGUUUGCUACAUGGAUGAUGCUCAUGGACUGGUCCUUAUCUGUGGGGUUCUUCCUGCUGUUGGGGUGGGAGUGGGGCAAGGAACAUUAUUCAGAUGUAAGCAUGGAUACUGUGCAUAAGGACAAAACUAUUUAUAAAAUGUAUAUGAUAUUUAUUUUAUAUAUUUAUUUAUUUCAAAAUAAUUUUAUUUUUAAUGAGAGAUGCUAUGACCGGAUUUUCAUCAGGAAGAAUAAGGUCCUACUGAAACAGGAAAAAAAAAUGAGUUUUAAGAGCUUAUCGGCAAUAAAAUUGUCUUUAUAUUAUAGAUUUCUUGCUAGCCCUUUUUUUUGGCACUCUUCAACAACUAACCUGGUAUUUCCCCAGCAACAUGAACAAUAAAUCCACCUCUGAAAGGGCUUUGUGCAGUAAAGAUCCAAAGACCUAAGCCCCAAACUCCUGCAGGAAGAUGAAAUCAAAUCACAGGUCUGGGAAGCACCAGCUCGGCCUCCUUGGGGCGUGAGGCACCCCCGUGGAUUUACUGUCCUGCUCAAAACCAAGAGGACAAACAUUUGGAGCAUCUGCUGUGUUUUGGAUGGACCCAUCAGUCCUGCAAUAAAACCAGCACAUCUUGCGUGAGAUUUACCUGCAGCACCAUGAAAAAUCCAUGGAGAAACAGAACGAACAGCAGCAAUUCUAAACCCGCUCGCUUGUAGGCAGUUACCGUGGAUGAGGGUCAUCCCCUGCUGCAGGCAGUGCUUGGAUGUUCAUGGCGGUGUGGCAUUUUCCUCUGCAGAAGCUGUCUGGUCCCACAGUCCUGUCACCUUUCCUCUGCCUCCAGCUGGGCUCAGCAAACCUGAUGACAUUUGGCAGCCCCGAGCCAGCCCCAUAUUCCCAGCUGGUGCCCAGCAGUGCCAGGAGCACAGCACUCCUCCAGUCGGGCCAGGCACACUCAUGGGUGAGGCUUGGCUGUGCCAGCACAGGCCCUCAAGUGACACUUGUGCCACGUCUGCCCUUGCUGGCUGCUUGGGAUGUCACAGACCUGCAGGGAAAGCUUCCAGCAAUGAUGCCAGCUCAUGUUUUGUCCCCUGUGAUAGCAGAGAGGGAUUUCAGCACACGGUGGGAGCAGGAGUGCGCGGUUGCAGAGGCACAGGCACUUUGCAGCACGAGGAGAGACUGACAGCAAACAGGGUUCUCUGGAGGGUGCAAAAACCUGAACAACUACAGCUGUGGUGGCUCUGGCUUUUCCUUAUCACAACUGCUUUGUCCACAGUGUUGUUUCUUAACCUCCUCCUUGCAAAACAGUCAUGGUAACCCCUCAGCUGCUUCAUCUUCAGCCUGUGAAUUCCCAGGACAUUUUCACUGACCUAGAGAUGAUCCACACCAGCUUCUUCAAAAGCUACAUCACUAAUGGAGCAGCAGCCCUAGAGGCCAGCUCUGCUCCCGACUGUCUCUCGCCCUCUCUGCCACCUCCCAUGUCCCUGCCGUGUCCCUUCGGGUCCGGCAGCCACCAGACGACAGGCUGGGGUUGGCAAUGCGGAGAUUAAAGGAGCUUUACCUUCAAUGAUCCAGACAUGAAGGAAUUUAAUCCCGUGUUUGAAAUAAAAAGAGUUUAUUUAGCUUCUUCCUCUGAGUCACUGCCCAAACAUCUCAUCCCCGGCUGCUGUGUCGGGAGCUCCAUCGCUCACGAGACGCGUCCUCAGGUGCACUUUUGACCUUCCCCUGCACGAAGGGAAAUCCCUCAGCCCUGGAACCUUGCUCUGCCCCCUGGGAUGAUCCUGCUCCCUCCACCAGGGCUUUCUGUUGUGCUUGAAGAUAAAUCUGGUGGUUAAGAUCCUGCUCCUUUUCAAAAUGAAGGUCAAAACCUGAUCUCAGCAAUGCCAAGUAGAUUUUUACCAACUCCAAAGGGAGAUGAUUUGGCCCAUGGGGGCAGUGCUGGACUUGUUCUUCUGAUACCCAACUCAAAGAGCUGCUGCAGCAGAGCCUCCUGCCACGAAGGGACACACAGGAACCAGGGAUGCUGUAAAACACCUUUUCAGGAUCUGGGUUCAAAAAACUCAUACUUGCAAAAACAAAAUCAUAAAGAAUUUACUGGAAACCCCUUGGUAAAGGCUGGUGUCCUGUCCUGUGUGGGGCAUUCAUUAACUGGGGAAUUCAGCACUGCUAAAUCCCACCCAAAUGGCUCUUUCACAGGAAUUUACAUUGGUUCUGUUCAGCAAAGCAGCUGAAGAUGUGAGUGACCUGAGUGACGUGGGAGCUGAGCAGCAGCAGAGGGAACCACCACAGACACGGGGUGCAUUUUGAGUGGCACAGGAGGGGGCUGUGAUGCACAGUGGGUUUGUAUGGACACACUCAUCUCUCCACCCCAUCCCGUGCCCCUGGUCCAGCUUUACCCCACCUGAAGAUGCCAACUGCUCCUUCGGCCUGGAGGUGCUACAGGGCUGGCAGAUGGACCUUGCUAGGAAAGUUUGAGAGGAAAACAUGUUUGGGUUGCUUCAAGCUAACAGAAUCUUCCAAGUCAGCAAAAGGAAACGGUGUUUGUUUGGGGUCUCAGCUCAUGUAGAUUCCAUGGGAUUCAAAGUCACAACAGCCAACUGGAAAACUUCUCUCAGAGGGGAGGCAAAGGCUGGUGCAGGGGGUGGCUGUGAUCCCCAGAAGCCCCACUGUGCCCCUGACCCCAGAGCUGUUCUACACACAAGGCUGUGGGUCUGGGAACACCACAGCAAACGGGACAAAGGCAAGCCUUCUCCUUCCACCCAAGGGGGGUGGGCCUGUUCUGUGAAACAUUAUCCUGGGACAGCUGUGCAGAGCAGGAGGGAGGAGGCUCCAGCAAAGAGGUGGGAAAGUGCUGGAGUCUCAUUGUGGAGGCUGCAGGAACAGGGGAGCUGCCUGGGAGAGGCCAAUGUGGAGCCAAGCACAGCAGUGCCUUUCUCCCUGGCUUUGGCUCAUGAUCCAGGGCACAGGGAUGCAUUGGAUGGAUUGUCUGGAGACUGACAUACAAGUGCCAACAUUCACGUGCCCUCAGGGACAUCCCCAUGGAGACCCUGCUGCCUGUGGGUGGAAUGCAUGGCUUGGGGUUCUUUUCUUCUGGGUGGAAUGCAUGGCUUGGGGUUCCUUUCUCCAAGGGGGAAAAGGAGAGGAGGCCCCAGACUCACCUUCUCUGGGGAGAGCGAUGGAGAGCCCAAAACUGCAGACGGAAUCCAGAAACUCAGAAGAAAUACAGAAAAUCCAGAAACUGCUGGAAGGCAAUGAAGGUGUCCUAGUGUUGUCCCACCUGGCUGGACGUCCAGAGAGAUGUGCUGCUGCUGCCAGACUUUGGCUGAGAUGUUUCUGGAAGGACACCCAGGGAUGGAGCAUUCCUGAAGGAGAAGGGCUGAAGUUCAUUUGCUGUGGAGACAAAGACAUCUGCACCCCUUGGGACAGCGCUGGUUGUUGCUUUUUCCAAAACUGCCCCAGAGCUGCUGAAUUCUCAUCGUGGAGAACACCAAGGCUGUCACCUCACACCUGCUCUGGGUUUGAGCAGGAGCCCUGGGAAGCAAAUUCCAGGGAUUCUCAGGCUCUUCCCUCACUGUGCCAGGAGGUAUUUGGCACCGAGACGCCACCGAGCAGGGCAGGACACCACAGCAGACGUGGCCAGGGCACGUGUUCUCCACUGUGCUGCUCGCGGGCAUGGCGAGAACCCAGGGAAACGAGCAACACUGAAUUCCUAAAGCAGCUGGUGUGGCUGGAUCCAGCUUUGAGGGGUGCCUCAGGUACCAGCUCCUGUCUCACUCAUUCGCAAACAGCUCUUGUGCACACAAGGCCAGGGUGCUUGAGAUCAGUCCUUGGACGUAGCUGAGCACAGAGCCAAGGGGUGACCCCACCUCCCCCUGCGCCCACCUUCCCUGAGCCCCUGCCCUUGUCCAGGGCAGUGUCCCCACUCGGGCCACAGCCCUUCCAAAACUCUCCUCCAGUGACCCCCAAGCCAUCCCUGGGGAAAGCAGGAACGGGAGCUGUGGCUGGGUGAAAGGGUCACACACAGGAUGAACUCAUCCCACUCAUCCCAGCCACGCUCAGCAGGGCAGGAGCUCGGGCAGACCCUGCACAGCAGCACAGCUUUCCCAGAGGCACAUGUGGAAUCCUGCUGGUGCUCUGUCCCAGGCCACAUCCCCAGGGUGGGUUGCACAGCACAGAGGGUGCACAGGGGGUUAUUUGACACCUGAGCAGGUCUGGGAAGCUCAGACACCACGUGAUUACUGGUGCUGCUGCUGCAACACCAGCUUUUUUCCAGACUCCUCCAGCUGGGAACAGUUAGGACAUUUGGCUUUCCAUAAACAUUGAAAAUCUAUCCAACUUCAAAACCAUUUUUUGCUUGAACUUAUGAAUUUAGUUUUAUUUACUGUGUGCAGAGUGGUUCUGCUUUUAAGAUAAAGGCAAAAGCUGCUCAGGCUGGGCACAGCUGACACAGCAACGGGGCUGGUCAGUGUUGGGACACCUCAGCACAACAUUCUGGACAUGGGACUCGUCCCAGGACACUUUCCAGCCCAACACAGACAGCCACAUCCAGCCUGAGCUGCCCACUGCCUUCCAUCAGCGUUCAGCCAAGUUAAAAGUCACAGGGAUAUUUAAAAACACGCUGCCCACAGGGCCCCUUGGAGCACAACUCCAGUGUUUUCACCUCAGACACCAUUUCCACCUCCCUCAGCUUUAGCAAGACCGUGCCCCUGAGCAGCCCCAGCACGGCCACAGAACGAGCAGAGGGCACCUUUAAACACAAUUAUUACACUUUCCUUUGCAUAGAAAGGGGGUGUUUUGCCCAACAGGUGGGAUUUAAUAACUAAGGAAGAGAGAAAUACAACUACCAGGUUAAAAUACAGCAGCACCUUAUUCUGAUUUGACUAAGCAGAACGUCACCUCACUUUUAACCAUCUCGCUGCUGGACAACUCAUUUUAUUUUGAACAGAUAGACUGGCAGAAGCUGCUAUAAAUAAAGUAAUUUGAAAAUCUGGACCACAGCUAUUUUCCCAAAAUGAAAUCAAUGGCUAUAUCCACUAAAGUCAUUGUAGAAAACAGUAGAGCUUCAACUCACAGCACAGUUCUCCAAAGACACGUUCCCAGGCUGAAUCCCUGUGGAGUUAACACUGGACUGUGAAUGUAGCACAAGGCACGUUGAUGUAUUUUGGUCACUUUAUUAAAUGAGAUAUUAAAUAGUUUAAGUUUCAACUACUAAAACAGCACUUUGAAUGGUGAAAACACAUAGUAUAUCGUCAUACUUGAAUGCUUCUUCUUUUUUAAAAACACAUUUCCAGUCCUUAUAUAUAUUACAAAACAGCCUUAUAGGAAGAGGGGACACCUUUUCUAUAGUACUUAAGAUAUUUAAUACAGAACUGAAAAGCCAUCUAAUAGAAACAAAGGCAAGUCUUCACAGCUGUAUGAUUUCAGCAGCCAAAGCUGGUUGAUGGACUGAAACAUUACUAUACAACUGGGACAAAACAUAUACAAUAUCACGAUACUAAGCAAAAACGCUUUACAUCCAAAGGAAUAAACAGGUUACAAAAUGUGGAUAAUUUAGCAGGCAAAACUGUAUUACAAGCAACAUUUUUAUUUGUCAUCUUAAGCCAUUUUUAUCUAGUUAAAACAUCUAAAACAAAUAUAAAAAUGAGCCUUUUAUUAUCUUACUGAUGUAUGUUCUGUCUUUAAGUACUGGUUAAAGCCUGAUGUUAUACUCAAAGCACGUUGUUAUGCAGCUAAAAUGUCGAGUGAGAAACGUAAGCAAAGUGGUCCAGGUUUUACUUCAAUGCUUAUCUUGUAUUCCUUCUUGUCCAUUAGUCUUCUAUUAUCCAUAGGUUUGUCCAGGAUGAAAUAAAAUGUGCCUUUCAAUGUUGCCUAAAACUUCCACAUUUAAGUCUUUGAGUUACUGUAAAACUCCACUUAACAUUCCCAGGUUUGGUAGAAAGUACUUCUCUUAUUCACAACACGUAGGAAUAUCGGUGACAGUUACCCAGAGGACAUUUGCCUUCAAAUGUUUGUCUCAACAUCUCACUUUUGUCUCUUCUAGUGCCAACAUGUGUCUCUUUGCUCCCUCCCCCAGAUCAGAGUUAACUGUAGAGCUGGCAGAGCACUAGAACACACUGAGGGUCUUUUGUGGUAUCUUGCCAUCAGAGUCCGAGACAGAAACUUGUCAGCUGGGCUUGCAGCAGCCCAACCAACCUCUGUCCAUGUCACAAACCAAGCGUGAGUCACACACCGAAACAUCGUGGAACAUCUGCACCUUUAGAUGCAAAACUCGUCCAUUCUGGGCAAGAACUCAAACUGUUGCAAGAAACUUCCCAGAAACCAAAAUGAUUUUAGUUCGCGCCAGCAUCAGAAGAGUCCAGCACAAUCUGGAGCCACCGCCUCCAUCUGUCUCCAGAGCCCUGUGUUGUCCACACACCACCGCCUCCAUGUUCCUGCCACUUACUCGUGCCCCCAGAUGAUCAAUGGGGCUUUUUGGGGAGACAAGAAUCAACCAAAGUCUAUGCAAAGGAAAGCCCUAUUUGUACUAUUUGUAUUUAUUAAGACAAGCACAACAAGUGCGGGCAAAGAGAAUGAUAAUGGUAUGGAAUAAACCUGAAAUUUAUCUCUGGCCUACAUUAAAAAAA